AUGGCGACCAACAUCCUCCAGCCGUCGCUGGCCUUGUUGCCGCAACACCAGCAGACUGACACGGGCCUGACGUCCGCCCUCGCCAGCCGCUUCCACGCCCACAUGCCCACGGCCACGCUCUCGUCGCACGCCAUCAUUUCCCUGAACACGUACACAGACCCCAGCCGAGGCGUCGACGGCGGCGAGGACGGAAGCGCUGUCCAGGCCGCCAAGGACCUCGCCCAGAGGGCAUACAUGCGCCUCGGUCAGCGAUCCGAGGACCAAGCCGUUGUUUUUCUGGGCGAGACGGGCGCCGGAAAGACGACUAUUCGCGGGCAUAUGCUACGAGAGUUCCUCCGCUACUCUGCCACGCCGCUGUCCAAGAAGAUCGAGCAUGCCAACUUCGUCUUCGAGGCCUUCACAACCACAAAGUCUCUCACCACGCCCUCUGCCUCCAAAUCUGGACUCUUGCUCGAACUCCAGUACAACACCUCAACCUCCAACCAUGCAACCCUGCUUGGUGCACAGUACCUGGCCCACCGCCUCGAGCGAAGCCGACUCGCAUCCGUCCCGACCGGAGAACGCAACUACCACGUGCUCUACUACCUCCUCUCGGGCACCAGCCCCGCGGAGAAGAAGCACCUGCAUCUUGAGAACGUUGGCAACGACGCUGCCGGCACGCGCACAUCGCUCGGCGCGAACAAGAGGUGGCGCUACCUCGGCCACCCCACCCAGCUGAAGGUCGGCAUCGACGACGCAAGCGGUUUCCAGGACUUCAAGACUGCUCUCCGCAAGCUGGAGUUUGGCAAGGACAGCAUUGCAGGCAUCUGCGAGAUCAUGGCCACCAUCCUACACAUUGGUCAGCUCGAGUUCGAGACGGGCCAGUCGACAACUCCCUCCGCCGACGACAGUGGAGGCUACUCGCAUGAGGGCGGCGAGACCAUCACAGUGGUAAAGAACAAGGAUUGCCUGGUCCCAAUUGCACAAUUCCUGGGGGUGACCAUCAGUGAUCUGGAAGAGAGCCUUCGUUACAAGUCCAAGACGCUAUACCGAGAGCGUGUCACGGUCAUGCUCGACCCCAAGGGCGCCCGCGCCAAUGCCGAUGAGCUCGCUCGCUCGCUUUACUCGCUCCUCGUCACCUAUGUCAUCGAGCAGACCAAUUCUAGGAUUUCCAGCUCGAACGAGCAACUCACAAACACCGUCAGCUUGGUAGAUUUCCCUGGUUUUGCCACCUCGUCUGGUACUGGAUCAUCUUUGGACCAGCUGCUCAACAACGCUGCCAAUGAGUCGCUCAUGACCUUCUGUCAAGAGAGCUUCUUCCAGCGCCAGAUCCAGGAGAUGGAAGCAGAGGAGAUCAGCCUUCCCCCGCUCCAGUUUUACGAUAGCUCAGAGGCCAAGACUGGCCUCCUCAAGUCGGGAAAUGGUCUCUUGAGUAUUCUCGAUGACCAGAUGCGCCGCGGCAAGACAGACAUGCAGUUCCUGGAAGCCAUUCGCAAGCGAUUUGACGGGAAAAACCAGUCCAUCCUCCCAGGAAGUUUGACAGUCGUCCAGCCUGGCAGCAAUUUUCCCACCCCUAAUACGUCUCCCUCUUUCACUGUUCGUCACUAUGCUGGCGACGUCGAUUACACCGUAGAAGGCGUGAUCGAGGAGAAUGCUGACACAAUCUCGGGCAACAUGAUGCAACUGCUGCAGUCAUCGCAGACACCGUUUGUUCAACAACUAUUUGGUCAGGAUGUGCUCCAGAAGAUUUCUCACCCCAAAGAAAAGUCCGCCAUCGUCCAGGCGUCAGUCAGUUCAAAACCUACACGCAUGCCCAGCAUGGCUCGCCGCAAGGCCGAGAAGACGGGAAGGUUCGGUCGCCAGCUGAACGUUUUCGACGAGGAAGUACUGAGCGACACCGAAAGCAACGUCUCUGGAACCAGGAAGAACGGCGAUUCUUCGUCCAAGUCGAAGCAAACCGGAGCUGCCGGGCAAUUCGUCAGUGCCUUGAAGACCAUCGAGAACAAGCUGCGCCAAGCCAAUCCGUACUUCGUGUUCUGCUUGAAGCCGAAUGAUCGCCGCAUUGCCAAUCAGUUCGACAGCAGAUGCGUCCGUCAGCAGCUGCAAGCGUACAGCAUUCCAGAGCUCAGCCAACGGCUUCGUGUGGCGGAUUACAGCAUUUUCCUGCCCUUCGCCGAGUUCCUAGGCCUUGCCCAGACCGACCUGGCAAUCGUCGGCAGUGAGAAAGAGAAGGUUGAGAUGAUCUUGGACAGCAGGCCUUGGCGGGAGAAUGAGGUUCGUGUCGGUACCACGGGUGUCUUCCUGAGCGAGAGGUGCUGGCUCGAGGUUGCACAGAUUGCAGAUGUGCCACCCACUGCCCGUGGGUUUACUGGCUCGGAUGACAAUCUUCUGACCCCCGAAGCUGGCCGAUCCUUCGGUGACUCUCGCGCGGGUCUUCUUUCAACUCCCGGAGCUGGCGAUUACUACAACGACAAGGGAGGCAACUACUUCGGUAGCAGGGAUAUUGAUGCCCGCUCCGAAGCUCCCUCUGGUGUCACCGGUGACAUGUUCCAUGGUCUUGAACAGCACAACGUUAUCGACGAGAAGUCAGCCAACGACAAGCUGGAGGAAGUCGACGUCGUUCCGGUUUCUGGGAGCCGCAAACGAUGGGUUUUCAUCGUAUAUGCGCUCACCUGGUACAUACCCGAUUUCUUAAUCCGCGUCGUUGGGCGCAUCAAGCGCAAAGACGUACGAAUGGCUUGGCGUGAGAAGCUUGCCAUCAACUUGCUCAUCUGGCUUAGCUGUGGUGCGGUCAUCUUCCUCAUGAUCGGGUUUCCAAGAGCGAUCUGUCCUACUCAGCACGUGUACUCAUCUGCUGAGUUGACAUCUUACAACGGCGAGGACGGCAACUCAGCCUACGUUGCUAUUCGAGGUAUCGUGUACGAUCUGGGCGAUUUCAUUCCCGCUCAUUAUCCCAACAUCGUGCCGUCAAAAAGCCUCGAGAAGUACGCCGGAAAGGACGCUACCAAUUUGUUCCCCGUUCAAGUCUCGGCAUUGUGCAUGGGAAUUGAUGGUCCCAUUAACGACGGUGUUCAGCUGAACUACAGAAACUCAAACUACACCGAGACAGUAAACAACCUCGUCAGUACCACGGACCAGAACGCCAAAUACCAUGACUUCCGCUCGUUCACAACUGACCCUCGUCCUGAUUGGUGGUUUGAGCAGCAGAUAUACCUGAAAGCCAACUACAUGAAAGGCCGUGUUGGUUACAGCCCUACCUACCUGAAGACCCUUGCCUCCAAGCAAGGUGGAAUCGCGUACAUGAACGGCCGGGUCUACGAUUUGUCCACGUACAUACCUGGAGGACGUACCGUUCUUUAUCCUCCUGGCGUGGAACCGGACGCGGAGACGCCGAACGUCAACUUCAUGGAUGAAGGCCUAGUCUCAAUCUUUCGCGCCCAGGCUGGCAAGGAUAUUAGCAAGUACUGGGACAACCUUAAUUUGGACGCAACCAAGAAGCAGAACAUGAAAGUUUGUCUCGACAACCUGUUCUACGUUGGUGAUUUGGACACCAGAAGAUCUCCCAGGUGUCUCUUUGCUACGUACUUCCUCCUCGCCAUCUCCAUUUUGUUGGUCAGUGUCAUUGGUUUCAAGUUCUUUGCCGCUCUCCAAUUUGGCGGUAACACUAUGCCAGAGAACAUCGACAAGUUCAUCAUCGCAACAGUUCCCGCUUACACUGAGGACGAAGAGUCACUGCGUCGUGCUAUCGACUCCGCCGCUAGGAUGAAGUACGAUGACAAGCGCAAACUACUCGUCAUCAUCUGUGACGGUAUGAUUAUCGGUCAAGGCAACGACAAACCCACUCCUCGUAUUGUUCUUGAUAUCCUUGGCGUACCAGAGGCCACAGAUCCUGAUCCUCUGAGUUUCGAGAGUUUGGGGGAAGGCCAAAAGCAACACAACAUGGGCAAAUGCUACUCAGGUCUUUACGAAGUACAGGGCCACAUCGUACCUUUCCUGGUCGUUGUCAAGGUCGGUAAGCCCUCUGAAGUCUCCAAGCCUGGUAACCGUGGAAAGCGUGAUUCUCAAAUCGUUCUCAUGAGAUUCCUCAACCGCGUUCACUACAACCUGCCUAUGAGUCCUAUGGAGCUUGAGAUGCACCAUCAGAUUCGGAACAUCAUUGGUGUCAACCCGACGUUCUACGAGUUCUUGCUCCAGAUUGAUGCUGAUACUUCCGUCGCCCCCGACGCAGCCACCCGGUUCGUCGCUGCUUUCCUCAACGACACCCGCCUCAUCGCCAUUUGUGGUGAGACUGCUUUGUCCAACGCCAAGUCCUCCUUUACCACGAUGAUGCAGGUCUACGAGUACUUCAUCUCGCAUAACCUGACCAAGGCUUUCGAGAGCUUGUUUGGUUCCGUCACCUGUCUUCCUGGUUGUUUCACCAUGUACCGCAUCCGUGCCGCCGAGACGGGCAAGCCGCUCUUUGUUAGCAAGGAGGUUGUCGAAGCCUACCAGGAAAUUCGCGUCGAUACACUGCACACAAAGAACUUGCUGCACCUUGGUGAAGAUCGUUACCUGACGACUCUGCUUAUCAAGUUUCAUGCCAAGUACAAAACCAAGUACACGAUGCGAGCAAAGGCCUGGACUGUGGCACCCGACAGCUGGUCCGUCUUCAUGUCCCAACGUCGUCGCUGGAUCAACUCUACAGUGCAUAACCUGGUCGAGCUCAUUCCUCUUCAGCAGCUCUGUGGUUUCUGCUGUUUCAGUAUGCGCUUCGUCGUCUUCUUAGAUUUGAUCUCGACUGUUGUACAGCCGGUCAUUGUCGUUUACAUUGGCUACCUCAUCUACUCCCUGGUCGCGACCCCCGAUGUCGUUCCCAUUACCGCCUUCAUCCUUUUGGGAGCCAUCUAUGGUCUGCAGGCUAUCAUCUUCAUUGUUCGCCGCAAGUGGGAGAUGAUUGGUUGGAUGAUUAUCUACAUUUUGGCUACUCCGGUCUUCGCGUUUGGUCUUCCACUGUACGCUUUCUGGCACAUGGACGAUUUCUCUUGGGGCAACACUCGUGUCGUCACUGGUGAAGCGGGUCAGAAGGUUGUGGUCUCGGACGAAGGCAAGUUUGAUCCGGCCAGCAUUCCCAAAAAGAGAUGGGAGGAGUACCAGGCCGAGAUGUGGGAGCAACAUACCAUCAGGGAUGACCAGUCAGUCGUCUCAGGCUACACCUAUGCCACCAAGAGACCGUUCGGUGCUGGUUCUGUCGUCGGUUCGGAGUACGGUGGCAUGCCCCCUUCCAGACCCAUGUCUCACCUGGACAUUCCCCGCUACGGCAACCACUCACGUAUGAGUUUGGCUCCGAGUGGUUACGGGGGCGACAGCAUGGAGAUGGCGAACCUGCCGAGCGAUGACGAUAUCCUAAACCAGAUCAAGAUCAUUCUCGCCAACUCCGAUCUGAUGACCGUUACCAAGAAGUCUGUCAAGCAGCAGCUUGAACAAAUCUUUGAAUGCGACCUUACGCUGAAGAAGGCUUACAUCGGUGAAGCUGUCGAACAACUGCUCAUCAACGGUCAAAUGCACUAG